UUCAGUGCGCAACUGCGUAGUUAACUACCUACUAAUAUAAAAAUAUAUUUAUUGAAAUUCUUAACGUUUUAAAAACCAUUUUCAGAGCCUAGAUAGUGAAAUUAAAAGUACCUAAUAUGUCACUUGAAAUUAUAUAGCUGUUGUGAAAAUAAUAGAGAUAUUUGUUAUGAUACAGUGUUGUGAAAUAAUAUACUGCGCAAUAUAACAAUAAACAAAGUAAAGUUAUCUUUCAGAUCAAUGGCUACUAGCGGUCCUCCGGAUUUUGGGAAAACCAACAUAAUCUUGAAAAAUGGAUAUAAAAUUCCAGCUGUAGGAAUUGGUACAUAUAGAGUAAGAAAUUAUGAAGAUAUGUAUAUGUUGGUGGAUGGUGCCUUGGCUGCUGGAUACAGGCUGUUUGAUACAGCAAGUGUUUACAACAAUGAACAUUGGUUAGGUGCAGCCCUUCGAACGUUACUGCCUAAAUAUGAACUCGACCGUCGAGAUAUUUUCAUAACAACCAAACUAGGCCCUUCUGAUCACGGCAAAGAUGCAGCUCUAAAAGCAUUUACAAAAUCAUUGAACAAUCUUAACUUGGGUUACAUUGAUAUGUAUUUAAUACAUUUUCCUGGAGCUUCUAAAGUUGACAGUAAAAGUCCAAAGAAUGCCGAACUUAGAGCCGAGUCAUGGAAAGCAUUGGAAGAGUUGUACAGUGAAGGCAAAUUGAAUGCUAUUGGUGUUAGCAACUACACAGUCAAACAUCUGGAGGAAAUUAUCAGUAACCACUCAAAUGUUCCUGUUGUAAAUCAGGUGGAAUGGCAUCCAUUUUAUUAUCAAAUGGAUUUGUUAGACUUCUGCAGGAAAAAUUCAAUUGUGAUGCAAGCAUAUUGUUCUUUUGGCGGAACUUCAAACGGGGACUCCUCUCUCUUGGAACAUCCUCUGGUCAAUUGCAUUGCUAACAACCAUUCUAUAUCUGCUGCCCAGGUGUUACUUUUGUGGGCAUUACAACAAGGUAUAAUGGUGAUACCCAAAUCGACAAAGUCUGAACACAUUCAUCAGAAUAUACAGUUACAAGACAGGUUGUCAAGCAACGAAAUAGAGUUGUUGUUUGAUUUGGGACUGCAACCGAAGAUAGCCUGGGAUCCAACUUCCAUAAAAUAGACAUGGAGAAUCAUUUUUAAUUGUCCUAAUACAUCUUAUGUUAUAGGACAUCCUUACAUAUUAUAAACAUAAUAAAUAACCACACAAAUAAUGUUGGGAGGAAACAUCUCAAUAGUUUGAGAGAAUAUUGAAUUUUAAUAUGAAUGACAUGGAAAUGUUGUGUGACAAAGUCAAAAUAUUUUUUAAAUUGCCAUAUUUUGGUGCCCGUCUGUACUGUCUGUUGAAACAAUAUAUUGCUAUGCAGUCAUAAAACAUGUUAGAUAGAUAAGUAUUUGCCAAGGAAAUCAGUUCUAAAGGAUGUUAAACAUCAAACUAGCCCGAUGGCAUUUCUUCCAUCAUGUUUUUAAAAAUAACUAUAAGAAUAAUAAUAAUCAAGACAUUAUAAUUUCUUAGAAAUGUAGUUUUGAUUUGUUGCUUCAAUAUUAUGAUUAAUGAAUUAUUUUUUGAGUAUAUUGAGUUCAUGAGUGCAUUAUAUUCAGCACAUAUUAUUUUAUUUUAUACCCUUAACCAAUGUUGAUGUAAGAGAAAAUGUAAUAUUCUAUAAUGAGAUAUUGAAAAAUGUUUAUUUUGAAAUAAAGAGUUAUGAAUAUUA